AUGCGGUCCUCGACUCUGAUCUGCGCCCUCGCCUCGCUGGCGGCGCAUAGCGUGCUGGCAGUACCCUUCAGUAACAGCAGCGGCAUCCCCAAGCCCGCCGACUUCUCUAAGCUGGAGGGCAAGUACCGAGCGAACAUCCGCGCGGCCCUUGGAACCGAAGGCUGCACCGCCGAGACCGUUCGCGUUCGGAAGUCAUGGGAUAACCUCAACAACGCAGAGAGAACCGCGUACAUCAGCGCCGUCAAGUGCCUAGCCGCGAAGCCGACAACCGUCGACAAGAGUCUGGCUCCCGGCGCCGUCAACCGCCUCGACGACUUCACAUACAUCCACAUCAACCAGACCAACCUAAUCCACCUCUCGGGUUCCUUCUUGUCCUGGCACCGCAUAUUCAUAUACCGCAUGGAAGAGGCCCUGCGGGACUGCGGUUACAACGGCGCUCUCCCCUACUGGGACCAAGCGCGCUUCUCCUCGACGCCCCUGAAGUCCACCGUGUUCUCGCCCGCCUGGUUCGGCGGCGACGGCGUCUACGACCCCAGCACCGAGGGGCACGGCCCAUACAACAUCCAAAUCCCCGGCCUCGUGGCCAACAUCACGAUCCCGCGCCCGGCCGGCCACGGAGGCGGCUGCAUCGCCGACGGCCAGUUCGCCAACUUUUCGGUCAGUCUUGGCCCGACGGAACAGCUGCCCAGCGCCGAAGUGGCCAGCGGCGACAAGUACGGCUACCACGCGAACCCGCGGUGUCUGAAGCGGAACAUCGACCUCCCGUCCAGCGUCGGCAAGCUGACCUGGGCCAACGCCACCCUGAUCAUCUCCUCGCCCGACAUCGCGACCUUCCGCAACCGGAUGGACAACCUGUGGCACCAGAACGCGCACGGGUUCCUGGGCAAGGACGGCAUGGACCUGUUCACGUCGCCCAACGACCCGGUUUUUUACCUCCUGCACGCGCAGAUCGACCGGCUGUGGGCGCUGUGGCAGGGCCAGGACCUGGCGGCGCGGACGUUUGCGACCGAUGGGUAUCGCACUUUUGAGGGGAUCCCGCUGGAUACGGCGCCCGGCGUGCCGCCGGCUAAUGCGACGCUGGAGGAUGUGAUGGAUUUGGGCGGGGGCUACCGGCCGACGAUUCGGGACGGCAUGGCUAUGACUGCGGAUGGGCGGUGUUAUGUUUAUGAGUAG